UGCAUGGUAUCUAUAAAAAGACACCAUGCACUCUAUGAAUCAUUUUUGUUUUUGUGCUAAAAGUGGUUAUUUUUUUCCAGAAUGAAAAUCCAACUUCCAACUGCUCUCCUCAAAAGUUGGAUUUUCAGACUGAAGCGGUUAUUGAUUGCGGCCACAGUUUUCAGUCAUACAAUUUUAUUUCAUCGGUACGACCACGUCGUACGAUACAAAGUGAAAAAGAAUUUUAAACUUCAAGAGACAAAAACCCACCUACGCGAAAAAGUAAACUCUGAAAAUAACAAAAUUGAAGCAGAAAAAGGUAUCCGGAACAAUGCAAGAGCAACAAGAAAAAUCUGUUCCAAAUUUUAACCUUGCUCCCAAGAAGAUUAAAAUAGCUAAAUCGAUUAAGCAUGUAAAUUAUUUAUGCGAUAAUCAGCUAACUUUUCUUGAAAAACAUGAACUCUCUGAUAUUUGUAUUAUCGCCUCCGAUGAUGUCGAAUUCCAUGCUCACAAAAUUAUUUUGUCAGCUGGAAGUGAUUUUUUUCGAACUAUGUUUAACGGUGCUCUUAUGGAAUCAAAAGCUGUUCAGGUCAAAAUCAAAGAAGUAAAUGGUGAUAUCUUAAAACUUAUUCUCAUUUUUAUUUAUACUGGAGCUAUUGAUCUGCAAACCGACACAGUAGAGGACAUCUUGAGAGCAGCUAAAUUCUUUCAAAUAAAAGCAUUGAUUGAGGAGUGUUACAAUUUCAUGUUCGAAGAAUUGGAUUGUAGCAACUGUUUGGGCAUAGUUUUGUUCGCUGAUCAACAUGACUUAAAAGAGCUUCAUGAGAAAGCAACUCUAUUUGCUAUUUUGAAUUUUGAAAAAGUGGCAAAUAACGACGAGUUUCUCCAACUCACUGGGGAUCAAAUCGAUAUGAUAAUUUCUCAUAAAGACCUUUAUGUGGAAUCGGAAGAAACUGUCUUUUUGAGUCUGAUGAAAUGGAUGGAGCAUGACAAGCCUAAUCGUGAAAAAGAUGCCUUCAAAUUGUUUUCGCAUGUUCGAUAUUGGUCGUUGAGUUCCAAUUUUAUACAACAACAGCGAGACAAAUUGCCCAAACAAAUUGAAUGCUUGCUUAUGAUAUGCGAUUGGCUUGCAUGGCAUCUGGCACCAAAUAGUUCUGGACUGGAGUCCAGGGAGUUUUCCAAAGAUAAACUUGUUGUGAUCGUUAAGGAUCAGAUGCACACUUAUAAUCCAAAGCUGGACACCUGGACAUCUGAAACUCUUCCAGGGUUUCCAUUGUCAUUCGAUAAAAUACUUGAAACAAAUAAUAAGCUUAUUGUUCAAGUAAAUGAUUCUUUAAAGUGCUAUGAUUUGCAGUCAAAAGAAUUAACUAGUCUACCUCAAUUGGAUAUACCUAGAUCAGACUUUGGAUUAGCUAUGCUGAACCAUGAGCUGUAUGUCGUUGGUGGUUUAAGUACCGGCAAAAAGGCUUGGAUAAGGCUUAUGGAUAAAUUUAAUUUUUCUUUAAACGAAUGGCAAACUGUAUCUCCUAUGAACGGAAAAUUUUUCUAUCCUAGUGUAGCCGUUGCUGAUGGGCUUUUGCACGUUGUUAAUGAAGAAACUAAUUUAAUUCAUUGCUUUAAUCCUCAUUCUAAUGAAUGGACUCACAAAAACCUUCCACAGAACUCACCAACUUCAAAUUAUUGUUUCUCCAAUGUUAAAGAAAAACUUGUUAUUGUUGGAGGUCAACUCUGGGACAACCCGAUUUCUAACUCUGUUUCAAUAUUAUGUAAUGGUUUAUGGAAUAAGUGUGAAAUGAGGCUCGCACUGUCUAAACCUAAAUGCACAUCUUGGAAUAAUCGACUUAUAAUAUGUGGAGGAUAUGACAAUACUAAUACUCUUCAAAACUUCAUUCAAGAAUACAAUCCCGAAUCAAAGAAAUUGAAAACUUUGGCUGCGUUGGAUCAUUUCAAUGAUAGUUAUGAUAUCAUUACAAUACCAAACAGAAACACUUAA